AUGGCCCCGGCGGAGCGCGAGCAGAUGCGUCAGACCGUCGAGGAGAUGUUUUAUCACGCGUUUGACGGCUACAUGGAGCGGGCCUUCCCUCACGACGAGCUGCGGCCAAUCUCUGGCGGCUACACGGACGCGCUCGUGGAGCUGGGCGCGCCCGCGCAGCCCACGCGCCGCGGCUACAGCGGCGUCGCCCUCACGCUCAUCGACUCGCUCGACACGCUCGCCGUGAUCGGCAACGCGAGCGAGUUUGCGCGGGGCGUGCGGUGGGUGUCGGAGAACGUCGACUUUGACAUCGACAUCGACGUUUCCGUCUUCGAGACCACCAUCCGCCUCCUCGGCGGCCUCCUCUCUGCGCACAUGCUCGCCAACGGAACGAUGGUCGACGGCGCGUCGCAUGUGCGGGUGGCGGGCUACGGCGGCGAGCUUCUCGUUCUGGCGCGCGACCUGGGAGAGCGGCUGCUCGGCGCGCGCUCAAAGUUCGACUUGCUCGGCAACACCCUCGACCCGGAGCUGUAUGCGAUGUGGAACGCCAGCGCGUCGGCGGUCGAGCAGCACUUGCGGGUGCUCGCCGGCGAGCUGCGGCCCGCCGCCGCCACCUUCGAGGCCUUCCACAGCCUGUGGCGGAAGUUCAACGCGCUGCCCGAGCGGUUCGACGUGGACCGCGGCAAGCUUCAUGACACGCUCGCCUACUACCCGCUGCGGCCCGAGCUGGCCGAGAGCUGCUACGCGCUCUACCACGCCACGAGGGACGCGCGCUACCUGCAGAUCGGCGCCGAGAUGGAGGUAGAGGCAGACGAGGAGGAGGAGGAGCACGGUGGCGACAAUGAGCCACAGCCACCACGGCAGGCCCUCCUUUGA